AAAAAAUAAAUGGGUAACGAACCAUCAGCUCCUAAUGAUAAGAUUGAUUUCUUGAGACCAGUUCAAAAGAAAGCACCUGAACCUACUUAAAUCAAUAAAGUCUAAUAGAAUGAAUGGAGAAUUGGAUUGUAACAUCCACAUCUCUUAUAAACUUUGGGAGGAUAACCUGAAGGAGAUUAGUAUCGAUACUUCUUUGAAUUUUGUUAAAUUACUUUAGCAUCUUUACUUUAAGAACGAUAUGGAACAAAAAAGUAUUUUCCGGAAGAAGACUUAUAAGCAUUACUUCUAGGCAUAAGUAGUGCAUUAAGUUUCUUAUAAGAAAAGGGAUUGUCACAUGGAGGUAAAUAAUUAUUAUCAUACAUUUAUUAGAUAUUUGUACAACUGAAAUAUUCUUUGAUUCAAACAGUUCAAGUUUUAAAGUUUUAGAUUCAAAUUUAAUUAAUGGCAGAGGUGCUUCUAUUUAAUAAUUAAUGUCUGGAAAAUUGAAAUAUCUUGCACCAGAAAUAUUACAAAACCCUACAUAACCUUUAUCAGAGUUAUAACUAAGUAAAAAUGAUGUUUGGUGUCUUGGAAUGGUAAUGUUAGAAGCAAGUACUCUUAAAUAAAAUGAUAACCUCUAUUAGAAUGGAUUAUAAUUUAGAUUGAUCUCUGAUAGAAUCAAUGAAGUAGCACAAAUAUACAAUUUAUAAUUUGCAGAGAAUAUAGCUCUCAUGCUUAAUUUCAAGCAGAAUGAAAGGUUAGAUCCAGUCAAUUUGUUUAAUUAUCUACUCGAAUAAUAAAGAACAGCAAAUGAGUAAGAUUAACAAGUAGUCUAAUAAUAAUAAUAUUAACAAUUGCUUCAAUAGUAACAAUUGUACUAAUAAUAAUUAUGUUAAUAAUAAUAAUAGUAGUAAUAAUAGUUAGUUUAUUAAUAAUAAUAGUAGUAGUAAAUUACCUAUUAAUAAGCUCAGUAAUCUUAAUUAUAGUAUUAAUAAUAAUAAUAAUAAUAAUUAUAAUAUUUACCUUAAUAAGUUGAAUAAUAAAAUUACUAACCAUAAAUAGUCUAAUAACAAUAAUUACCAUAAACCUAAGUUCCUCCUUAAUAUCUUUAAUAAUAACAAUAAUAGGUGAUUCAAUAAUAAUCAUCAUACAAUACUCAAUAAACAUAGUAUUAAUAAUAAUAAUAAUAACAAUAACAAUAACAAUUUUCUCAAACUCAAUAACCAAGAUAAAAUUACCAUUAAUCAAGACCCUCUCAAGAUUUUAUGAUGACUCAACCUGAUAUGAAUCAAACUAUGUAAGGAGGUGUUUCUAGGGAGAGGGUUCCAACCAAAAUUAUAAAAAAGUUAGUUUAUCCUGAUGGAAGAGUUGAAUAUCAAGAGAAAUCUCAUUCUGCUUCAAGAAUGGGUAAUCUAUUAAUAUAUAAUUAUUAGUUUAAUAACCACAGUAAUAAAGACCAUAGUCAAUGGUUCCUCAGUAAUAAUAAUAACCAUAAGCAAUGCCUUAAUAAUAAUAAAUAAUGGCUUAAUAAUAAUAGAUGCUUUCUUAAUAAUAAUAGAUUACUUAAUAACCUUAAUAUAACCCAUAAUAUCAAUAAUAAUAGUAUUACUAAUAACCAUAACCUUAAUAUCAACAAAGAUAAAAUGUGCUUGGUAAUAUUGAAAACUAAAUGUAAGUUGUUUCUAAUGAAUAAAAUAUUACUAGAUUAAAAUAAGAAAUUGAACAUUCGAAGACUUUAAUUUAAUAAUAUAACUAAUAAAAACCUUAAGUUUAAGCUGAAUCUAUAGAGGAAAGAAUAAGAAAAGUUAUUGCAUAAUCAUAAGCAUUAAGAGAAAACUUUGCCUGA